CGCUCCUUCCAUCAUGAAGCGACGAUCUUUCUCUGUCCUUCCCUUUUUUACAGCCGGUGUCUGUCUUGCUGUCCUUGUUUUGGUUGCUCCCUCGGAAGCCAUUUCCCAUCCUAAAUACCAGGCUUCCAGUGAUAAUGUUGUUCCCAAUCGAUAUAUUGUAGAGUUUGAUUAUGGAGACUCUACAUCUGCCAACAGCUUUGUCCACUCAGUUCAAAACAAAUUCAAGAAGGCUAAGAUUCAUAUUGCACAUCAGUUUGACCAUGACCUUUUCAAUGGCAUCUCGUUUGGUCUUAAUGGUCUUGACAACAAAGAGCAUGAUGCAGCUCUUAAAUCUGUUCUUGAUCAAGAUAGCGUCAAGGCAGUUUAUCCUGUCAGGGUCAUUAAACGUCCCGAUAUUACAAUUAGAAAGGUUUCUUCCAAAGGAAAGACACCAUCUAUUCUUCCUCACGCAAUGACUCAAGUCGAUCGUGUCCACUCUGAGCUCAAAAAGUUUGGUAAGGGUAUCAAGGUUGGUGUCGUCGAUACUGGUAUCGAUUAUCUUCACCCUGCUCUUGGAGGAGGUUUUGGCAAGGGCUUCAAAGUUCAGUAUGGUUACGAUCUUGUUGGCAAUGAUUACACCGGUGGAAACACUCCUGUCCCCGAUGAUGAUCCCCUUGACAGCUGCACAGCUGAGUCUGGUGCAAGUGGUCAUGGAACUCAUGUUAGCGGUAUUAUUGCCGGUUAUGACUCCAAAACCAAUUUUACUGGUGUUGCUCCUCAAGCCACUCUUGGUAUGUGGCGUGUAUUUGGAUGCAAAGGAAAUACUGGAAACGACGUCCUCGUUAAGUCGUUCUUGAUGGCAUAUGAUGCUGGUAUGGAUGUCAUUUCUGUAUCCAUUGGCGAAAACAAUGCCUGGAGCAAUGGUCCUGAUACCAUUGUUGCUCAGCGUAUUGCAGAAAAGGGUAUUCCAUUCAUUGUCGCUGCUGGUAACGCUGGUGCUGAUGGUGCAUUUACUGUUGGUAUGCCAAGUACUGCUAAGGAUAUUUGGUCAACUGCUUCUGUCGAUAAUAACUACCAUUUGGUUGACUUGUUCAAGGCUAGCUCUAUUUCCAAGAAAAUUGUCUACUUGACUUCUUCUGGUUCUAAGAUUCCCGAUGGUACUGCUGCUUCUGGCGGAACCGAUGCUUGUGAUCCUUCUACUAUCCCUAAGCUCACCGGAAAGAUUGCUCUUGUUCAACGUGGUACCUGCACUUUCGACGAAAAAGCGGCCAAUGCUGCCAAGGCUGGUGCAAUUGGACUGAUUGUUUACAACAGUAACAAUGGUGACUCAUUCACUCCUUCUAACCCUGAAGCCACCAUCCCUGUUAUUGGUAUCUCAACUGCUGAUGGUCUUGCCCUCUUGGCUGGUAUCAAGUCUGGUACUGAAACUUUGAAGUUCGACACCACGCAGGCUGUUUAUCCCUUGGUUACCGGAAACACUGUUUCUGACUUUUCUAGUGUUGGUGCUUCUUACGAACUCGAUCUUAAGCCCAAUGUUGCCGGAAUCGGCGGUCAGAUUUACUCUACCCUUCCUCGUUUCCUCGGUAGCUGGGGUAUUAUGUCAGGUACUUCUAUGGCUACCCCUUACGUUGCUGGCUCUGUCGCUCUGUUCAUUGAGGCCAAGGGACUUAAGAAGAACAACAAAGUUAUCUCGGAGCAGUUCAAGAACUAUGCCCUCAAGCUUGUCCACGUCAAUGGUGAGAGUGCCAUUGAGAGCCCUCUUCUUCAAGGUGCUGGUCUCGUCCAAGUUUACGAUGCAAUUGCUGGAAAGGUCCGCGUCUCUCCUACCCAACUUAGCUUCAACGAUUCUUCUUCCUUUAACAAAUACAAAACCCAGACUGUGAGCAUCUACAAUGCCGGAAAGGUCCGCGCUACCUUCAAGGUUAUUAAUGAGCCUUCUAUUUCUGUGGCUCCUUACAAUCGUUCUGUACAAGGCUAUGCUCUUCUUGCUCCCACCGGGUUUUCCAAUGCAAAGGCAAAGUUGAUAUUCUCCAAAACUUCUAUUACCCUCAAUCCAGGUCAAAAGGCAACAGUACGGGUCACUGUUGUUCCUCCUAAAACUAACCCCAAGGAUCAUAUUAUGUAUGGUGGCUACAUUCGCUUCAAGUCUGGUAACCGCAAGACUACCCUUGAUACUACUGUUCCUUACUUUGGUGUUGUUGGAAAGCAGCGUGACCUCCCUCUUUUUGAUGCCAAGUACCCAUAUCUCUCUGACUCGGACGGAACAAAUGUGUUCUCCAAGAGCGAUACCUACACCUACAACCGCAGCAACAGCACCACUAUCCCCUACAUUAUUUAUCGCCUCCUCACUCCCACUGCCAAGUUUGAUGUUGACGUCUUGAAUGCCAAGACCAAGAAGUCAAUUGGAAAAACCAUGACUGAUUCUGUUUAUCUUCCCGCUAACACCCUCGAAACCGAUAAUUAUAUCUCUGGCGCCUCUUGGGAUGCCACUUACAUCCCACCUUCCUUCUCUGAUGUUUCCUCUGGAAUUCCCGUACCUUCUGGAACUUACAUUCUUCAUUUGAGAGCCCUUAAGCUCCUUGGUAACCCCAAGGACUCCAAGGACUGGGAAACUUUCCAGACAGGACCCAUUGUUGUAAAGAACUAAUUUUAUAGCACAAUAUGUGCGUAGUUAUAUAUACCUAGUACUUUGUAUGAUUUCCACAUUAAUUAUUAAAGCUUAAACUCUGAUAUCAUUGUAAUU